AUGUGUACUUCAGUGCAUCCAUGUGGAGACAAAGAUAUUCCAAAUGUCCCUUAUCGUGAAGCAGUGGGGAGUUCGAUGUACUUAUCAAUUGGCACAAGACCUGAUAUUACAUUUGCGGUCAACAGCGCGAGUCAAUAUCUAGAAGACCCUAAGAAAAUCCACUGGAAUGCGGUGAAAAGAAUAAUAAAAUAUCUGAAAGGAACCGUGCGAUACGGACUCUAUUUCCCAGCUCAACAAGACAUUCAACUUCUUGCCUUUAGUGACGCAGAUUUCGCCGGGAACACACGAAAAUCCACAACGGGACUUGUCCUAAAACUGAGUGAGUCAACUAUUUCGUGGAGUUCGCAAAAACAAAAGGUGGUAGCUCUUUCAACUACUGAGGCGGAGUACGUCGCAGCCUCCCAGGCAGUAAAAGAAAUCAUCUGGGUAAAAAGUCUACUGCAGAGCUUGCAAGUCUUACGAGCGACACAGUGUGUACGAGUAGCACAGCAUUAUGGUUUCUGUGCCAUCGUAAGCAGAGAAUUGGUGCGCAAUGAAGUGACCACCGGCUCACAAAGAGGCGUUAUCCUGGCGUAUUUGAUGUCCGAGGGUAAAUUAGUUCCCUCGGAUGUCAUGGUGGAGCUUAUCAAAGCAAGGAUGCUGAGCAGCCUAGAUACCUCGCGCGGUUUCCUACUGAGCGGGUUUCCGAGGGAGAAGAUACAGUGUCAACAUUUCAACAGACAAAUCCGACCGCCAGACCUUGUCUUGUAUUUAUAUGUCAGAAACUCACUGCUGAUGGAAAGAGUUCUAGCCAGAACCAUUACCGCUACUGAGAGGCAAAGUCGCAGUAUUGACGAAAAUUGGCAGCGAAUUAAAGAGCACAGUCGAAUGAUCAAACCUAUCCUUAGGAAUUACAAGAAACAACUAGUAGUUAUCAAUGGCGAGAGAGAUGAACCGGAAGUUUUCGGAGACAUUUGCAGUGAGAUUGAUAACAUCUUGAUAAACUUUCCAAGUACAUCUGGUAAAAGCAACUAAUUAGAAUUUGUUAUUUAUAUGAUAAUUGCGCUGAAUUAAUAUAGGUACAUAAAACAUUGAUUAUCAUGCAAAGUUAUAAGUUGAUUGAUGGAGUUUUACAUGGCAUUAUGAAAAUAAACUGUGCUUUAUAUUA